AGCUGUUUUAAAACUACAGCUCCCAGCAUGUCCACUCAUCCUUUAUCUGUAGUUUUGCAUACACUCAAUAGAAAUCUCCUAUACUGGAUACCGGUAUGCUUUACGGCCGGUAUCCAGUAUGCUGUAAAAUCUAGACUAGUCUGUCUGGCUAAAAGACAGGCGACCCCUAGUGGCGGCUAUUUUGAGCUUGAAUUUCAGGUGAAAAUGUAAAAUUUUUUAAACAGGUGUAUAUUGUGAAAUGUCAUAUUAUAAUGAGUCCUGCAAUAUAUGAAAAGUUUUUAACCAUGACAGUGCCUCUUUCAGCAUACCCGGACAGCUGGGAGUUGUAGUUCUGCAACAACUGGAUGAACCCUGAUUGGGAAACAAUAUCAUGGACCGAACCACUACGAGCGGCCAUAUUGGUUUCACUGAUCAAACUUUUUCUUGUCCCUCCUCAGAAAACUGCACCCCGGAACAGUUCCACUGCAGCAAUGGCCAAUGCAUCAGGAAGCACCAACGUUGCGACCACAGCCGGGACUGCAGCGAUAACUCCGACGAGCUGGGCUGCUAUCCCACAGAGGAGCCGCCUCCGCCCUCCACCAACACAAUCGGCUCCAUCAUCGGCGUCAUCCUCACCGUCUUCUCAGUGGGCGGGGUGUACUUCGUCUGCCAGAGGGUGCUAUGCCCCCGUAUGAAGGGCGACGGCGAAACCAUGGCCAACGACUAUGUGGUGCACGGGCCGGCUUCUGUGCCCCUGGGAUACGUGCCGCACCCCAGCUCGCUGACCAGCUCUUUGCCAGGAAUGUCACGUGGGAAAUCUGUCAUAAGCUCCCUGAGCAUCAUGGGUGGAAGCAGCGGGCCGCCGUAUGACCGCGCUCACGUCACCGGAGCCUCGUCCAGCAGCUCGUCCAGCACCAAAGGAACUUACUUCCCACCGAUCCUGAAUCCGCCUCCUUCCCCAGCCACAGAGCGAUCACAUUACACCAUGGAGUUUGGUUAUUCCUCCAACAGUCCGUCCACACACCGGUCAUACAGUUACAGGCCGUACAGCUACCGCCACUUCGCUCCUCCCACCACGCCGUGCAGCACGGACGUGUGCGACAGCGAUUACACCCCGAGCCACCGCCUCACGUCAGCCGCCACUGCCAAAGGUUACACCAGCGACCUGAACUACGACUCCGAGCCGGUGCCGCCUCCUCCGACGCCGCGCAGCCAGUACCUGUCCGCCGAGGAGAGCUGUCCGCCAUCUCCGUAUACAGAGCGCAGCUACUCCCAUCAUCUCUACCCACCGCCACCCUCACCAUGUACGGACUCUUCGUGAGCCUCGCACCUGUAUAUACACAAUCCCUGUGGAAGAGCUGACCUCGCGCCACUUUACGCUUUUUUUUUUAUUUUAUUUUUUAUUUCAUGUACAGAUUUUAUUUGUAAGAGGAACGGCCCCCCCCCCCCCCCCCCCCAUCCCGCUACUUCUGAGGGGAUCGGGGGGAGGUAUUACGCCAUUGGACAGACUUUGUACAUAGAGAAAGAUAUUUAUAUAUUUUCUUAACUCGCCGUUAAAAAGCCGUAAAUGCAAAACGCGGCUCCUCGUCAGACGUCUAAGCUUUUUUUUUUUUUUUUUUGUAUAAAAGAUUUUCAUCCUCCCGUAUAUUGUACAAAUAUAUAAAUAUAUAGAAAUAUCUAUUUUUACAAAAACACACACAAUAUGCCUUAAACCGCGCGGCCGAGGAGGCGCAACGUGAUGAAAGGUGAGAAGAGGGGGAACUUUAAGGGUCUAUUCACACGUACAGUGUUCUGCGCAGGAUUUCAAGCAAAUCCUGCGCAUCAAAUCUACUGUACGUGUGAAUAGACCCGAAGACUGUGUUCACACACAAUUAAAAUAAAAACUUUUUUUUUUUUAUAACAUUUUUGCAGUAAAACUGUCCAUAGAACAAAUAAAAAAAAAGCCGGAAUUUAUUUAGUUUUUAUUUUUAUUUAUUUUUUUUUUCCUUUUAACGACUUUUUUUUAAACUUUUUCAACCUAUGCAGGUGUUAUCUUUGAGGGGAUUUUUUAUAUAUAUUUUAUUUUUUACGGCUGUAAAUCCUGACCUCAGUUAUUUUAUUUUUUUUUUAAACCUUUUUCAACCUUU